AUGGGAGUUUCCUAUGGCUACCAUAAAUCGCUCGCUUCAUUCCUUCGUCUCCUCGUGAAGCCCCGACUCCACCUAAACCCCAAACCCGACGAGGUAGCCCUUGUCCCGUCGCGAGACGACGGCCAAACCAUCAAGACCCAUAUCUACAAACCAGCCACCCAAACCGGCCCAACCCCCGUCCUGAUCAACUUCUGCGGUAGCGGCUUCGUCCUUCGCACUUUCGGUUCUGAUGACGAGUACUGUCGCUUCGUCGCAGACAAUGCCAACUACACCGUAAUCGACGUACAAUAUCGCCUCGCCCCGGAACAUCCCUUCCCAGCAGCUUUCCACGAUGCCGAAGAUGUAGUGAACUGGGUACGGUCGCAACCCGAUCGUUUCGAUCUUACGCAGCUAUCGCUCUCUGGAUUCAGCGCGGGUGCCAACAUCGCCUUGGCUGUGGCAUCUGCGUCAGAGCAGUUCAACCCAAAACAAGGGAUAUUCGACACGGUCAUCUCGUUCUACGGGCCGAUGGAUAUGUCCCUUCCCACACCAGAAAAGCCCCAGGCAGACCGCUCAAAUUGGAUCAUGCGCGAUAUAUUCCCGCCCUUCUCCCAUCUGUGUCAUAAAUGUCUCAAUCUGGGUAGAGUCGAUCCUAAGGAUCCGCGUAUGUCGCCUAUCUUGGCGGAUCCAAACAACUUCCCAAACAAGACAUUAAUAAUCACAGCUGCGCAGGAUCCUUUUGCUAUUGAGGCUGAGGAGCUGUCGAAGAAGUUGAAUGAUACAGAUGGGAAGGUUUCGGUGUGCGAACGGAUGGAGGGGUGCGCUCAUGGGUGGGAUAAGGAGGCUAUUCGAGGGACGUCGCAGUGCGACGCGAAGGAUGAGGCCUAUCAAUUGGCCGUUAAAAUUCUGCGGCAAAAGGAGAGUGGAGCGGUGCCGAGUGCUGUAUGUUGA